AUGACCGUCGCGAUCGGUCACUCCGCUGCGGGUAUUCUAGCGCUCCUGGAAGAAAAAGACAAUGCACUGAGGGCUCAUGCUCUACAGAAGCUAAACCAGGUCGUAGAUCACUACUGGGCAGAAAUUGCAGACGCUAUUCCACUUAUUGAGGAACUAUCGGAAGAAAAGAGUUUUCCUGAUCGUGAACUAGCAGCUUAUGUUGCUUCCAAAUGUUUUUUUCACCUCGAAGAAUACGAAGAUGCGCUGCGUCUGGCGCUUGGUGCCGGUACAUACUUUGAUCUAGACACACGUUCUCAGUACACAAACACAAUCAUUGCUACGUGCAUUGAUAAUUAUGUGGCUGUGCGUGCCAAAGAGGACCUAGAGGCCGAGAAGGCGCUCGACCCGAGACUUACACAGGUCGUGGAACGUAUGUUUGAACGCUGCUAUGCAGCAGGAGAAUUCCGUCAAGCUAUGGGCAUUGCUCUGGAAACCCGACGUCUUGACCAGGUGAAGGAGUGCCUCGCUCGCUCCACAGACGUGUCGGCAGCGCUGUCGUACUGCUUUGAGAUCUGUAAGACGGUAGUAACCAAUCGCCACUUCCGUUUAAAAGUAUACGAAGUCAUGCUGGACGUGUAUCGCUCACGACCGACCCAAGACCACGUCAGUGUAUGCCAAGUAUUGCAAAUGCUGGACAACCACACAGAAGUGAGCAAGAUUCUCGAGCAACUCGUGCGCGGUGGAGACCGCGACUGCCUCAUCGCUUUUCAAGUGGCUUUUGAUCUGAACGAAAACGAGAACCAAAAAUUCCUUAUGAACGUCUAUCUUUCAUUGCCAAGUCCCCCCGCUCCCACUUCUGAAGCAGUGACAGAAGACGUUACCCCCACGGCGGAGGAGAGCAAAACAGAGUCACCUAUGCCAGUUAUGGCUACCCCAACUAUGUCUACCACGCCUUCUCCAACGCCCGCUGGUGCUUCUCCUGAUUACUGGGACAAGCUGUCGAAGUUGAAGCUGAUCUUGUCCGGCGAAUUCCUCGUGGACCUAAAGCUGGACUUCCUUCACAGUCGUAGCGACUCUGACCCGCUGGUUAUGAAGACUAUCAAGACUGCCGUGGAGAAUCGCAACUCUGUGCUGCACCAUGCUGCUGUGAUUGCACAUGCUUACAUGAAUUGUGGUACAACUUCAGACUCAUUCUUGCGCGAGAACCUGGAGUGGCUUGGUAAGGCCACAAACUGGGCUAAAUUUACGGCUACUGCUAGUCUGGGUGUAGUGCACAGGGGCCACGUUCGUGAAAGCAUGAACCUUCUUGCUCCUUACUUACCGCAAGGCGGUAUGACGACUUCUCCAUACUCGGAGGGUGGCGCACUGUACGCGAUGGGUCUUAUCCAUGCGAACAAGGGUUUUGCAGGAUCUGGAAGUAAGAAUACGAUAGAGUAUCUGCGCGAUGCUUUGAAAAACGCUGGAUCGGAUGAGACCGUGCAGCACGGCGCGUGUUUGGGUAUUGGCCUGUGUGGCUUGGCUUCGCACGACUACGAGGUCUAUGAUGAUUUGAAGACCAUAUUGUUCACCGACUCGGCGGUCGCGGGUGAAGGUGCAGGGAUUGCCAUCGGUCUUACGUUGCUUGGGGCGGGCGGUGAGGCACGUAAUGGCGAGAUUGUGAAGGACUUGCUGGCCUAUGCGCACGACACGAAGCACGAGAAGAUCAUUCGUGGUUGCGUGAUGGGCAUUGCGCUGAUGAUGUACGAACGCGAAGAGCAGGCUGACGCGUUGAUUGAGCAAUUGACCCGUGACAAGGACCCGCUGAUCCGCUACGGAGGCAUGUACACUGUAGCCAUGGCGUAUGCUGGCACUGCCAACAAUAGCGCAAUUCGACGUCUACUACAUGUGGCUGUGAGCGAUGUGUCGGACGAUGUUCGUCGUGCUGCUGUGACGUGUCUUGGCUUCAUCCUGUUCCGUACUCCAGUGCAAGUGCCUAAGCUGGUGUCGCUGCUGGCCGAGAGUUUUAAUCCUCACGUUCGCUACGGCGCUUGCGUCGCAGUCGGGAUUGCAUGUGCUGGUACUGCAAAGAACGAGGCUAUUCAGCUACUAGAGCCGCUACUCGACGAUGCUAUCGACUACGUGCGUCAAGGUGCGCUGUUAGCUUUGGCUAUGGUUAUUAUGCAGGAGUCUGAGGGUCGCAAUCCAAAGGUGGCAGCUGUCCGUGCAAAGAUUCUAAAGCUGAUUACGGAUAAGCAUGUGACCACAAUGACCAAGAUGGGUGCCAUUUUGGCGCAGGGUAUCUUGGAUGCUGGUGGUCGUAACGUGGUUAUUUCGCUGCAGUCAUACACCGGGUUUACAAAGAUGGCCGCUGUGGUGGGACUGGCCGUUUGGGCACAACACUGGUUUUGGUACCCACUUUUUAACUUUUUGGAGUUGUCGUUCCAGACGACAAUGGCAGUUGGUCUUAACAAGGACUUGAAGCUCCCGCGCGGCUUUGAACUCACGUGUAACGCUAAAAAGUCAGCUUUUGCCACGCCAAAGCGUAUGGAGGAAAAAAAGGAGGAGAAGAAGGAGCUUGUCGCCACCGCUGUGCUGUCGACAACCGCAAAGGCACGUGCGCGCCAGGCAAAGCAGGAUGCAAAAGAGAAAUCUAUUAGACCUUCUGACGUAAGUGGAGAUAUUGUCAUGGAGGAGAAGGAGGCGUCUGUAGCCGAAGAAGAGAUAAAGCAAGUAAGCGUUGAAGAGAUGGACGUGGAUGCUGAGGAGUCCAAGCCAGUAACCAGCAAAAAGGCAAUGACAGUAAAGGAACCGAACGUCUUCACAUUUUCGACGCCCGCUCGAGUGACAUUGGCACAGGAGUCUGUAAUUUCCCUGGAUAAAUCGCAAAGGUACAUCCCGGUGAUGUAUCCUGUACAGAGGCUGACCGGAGUUAUCAUGCUGCAUGACACAACGCCCGAUGAGACGGAGGAUGUGAAGGCUGUGCAAGCACCCGCUGCCUCUGGCGCGGAAAACGAGGCAGAGCCGCCUGAGCCAUUUGAGUGGGAGCCCCCACAGUAG